CUUCUGUCUGGGACUCGGUUUUCGUGGUGGAAGUCAUGGUCACUCGUCGAGCUCUGCAUUUCGUUUUCAAAGUGGGGAACCGCUUCCAGACGGUGCAUUUCUUUCGAGAUGUCCUGGGGAUGCAGGUUCUGCGCCAUGAGGAAUUUGAGGAAGGCUGCAAAGCCGCAUGUAAUGGGCCUUAUGAUGGGAAAUGGAGUAAAACAAUGGUGGGAUUUGGGCCUGAGGAUGACCAUUUUGUUGCAGAACUGACAUACAAUUACGGCAUCGGAGACUACAAGCUUGGCAAUGACUUCAUGGGACUCACGCUUGCUUCCAGCCAGGCUGUCAGCAAUGCCAGGAGGCUGGAGUGGCCACUCAGUAAAGUUGCAGAAGGGGUUUUUGAAACUGAGGCCCCAGGAGGAUAUAAGUUCUACUUACAGGACAGAAGUCCAUCUCAAUCAGAUCCUGUAUUAAAGGUGACUCUAGCAGUGUCUGAUCUCCAGAAGUCCUUGAACUACUGGUCUAAUCUCUUAGGAAUGAAAAUUUAUGAGCAAGACGAGGAAAAGAAAUGGGCUUUGCUGGGCUAUGCUGAUGACCAGUGCAAGCUGGAGCUACAGGGCAUCCAGGGUGCAGUUGAUCAUUCAGCGGCCUUUGGAAGAAUUGCCUUUUCUUGUCCUCAGAAAGAGUUGCCAGACUUAGAAGACUUGAUGAAAAGGGAGAGCCAAUCGAUCCUGACUCCGCUGGUGAGUCUGGACACCCCAGGGAAAGCAACAGUGCAAGUGGUCAUCCUGGCUGACCCUGAUGGACAUGAAAUUUGCUUUGUUGGGGACGAAGCUUUCCGAGAGCUCUCUAAGAUGGAUCCAAAAGGAAGCAAAUUGUUGGAUGAUGCAAUGGCAGCAGACAAAAGUGACGAGUGGUUUGCUACAAGAAAUAAACCAAAGGCUUCGGGUUAAUGGAAGACGGGUUAAUGACGAAUGGCACUUACAACUCCGGUCUAGUCUGUUAUCAGGAUGGCAUUUAUCUGCUUUGAUAAAUGCUCCCCCGACUUGGUUGUGUCUUGCAUAGGAGGUCUGUGUGGUAGUUUCAUUCUUCAAGGCUCUGUUUUGUUUUAAAAAAGAAAUAUUUUUAUCACUCUUGGGAGAGGCAAAUUUCUACUGUGUGUAAUUGAAUUAAAUUUGGUAACAAAUUUUUUGUCCAGACUGAAACAACUGAAUGGAACAUUACUCUUGGUUGGGUCUGGAGAAAAUUUGAUUACCUGUUAAUCAUGUAGAUAAUAUUGAAAUAAGUAUCAAAAUGAAGCCAAAUCAGCUAUGCAUGGGGGCACACUCCUCUAAUCCUAGAACUUGGAAUGCAGAGAUAGGAAGAUCUCCGAGUUGGAGGCCAGCCAGGACUAUAGAGACCUUACCUCAAACAUAACAAAACAAAAUAAAACAAAAGCCAAAUCUA